AUGAAGCUGUGGCACGCUCUUUUCCUUAUGAUGCGCCUUGAACCCCUCGUACACGGGGCAGGGUUAUCAUCGCACGUGAACCUCUUCCUCGGGACUCAAAAUGGAGGAAACAACUUCCCCGGGGUCGCUAGACCAUUCGGAAUGGUCAAACUCGGCCCCGAUCUGCUCGAAUCCGGGACAGAUUCAUAUGCAGGAUACCUGCCCACUGGGGACUUCUCCGGCUUCAGCAUGAUGCACGAACAAGGAACAGGAGGGGCUCCGAAAUACGGGACAGUUGCCCAAUUGCCUCUCGUGGGGAACAUCACGGACCACCCUCUGGCGAGUAUCACGGUGGGUCGUUCCGGUGCCGAUCAGGCAUCGGUAGGUUACUACAGGGCCCAGACCGCUGAGGGCGUCGUGGUGGAAUUAGGUGCCUCUGCCCAUGCGGGAAUGUAUCGAUAUACCUUUCCGACGAAUGAGACUGCCAAUGUCUUGAUUGAUGUUUCGCAUGUGCUGCCGUCGUUCAGGGGACAGGGCUUGAGCCAGGGGUACAAGGGUGGUAACUUGACCAUCUAUGCGGAUGGACAUUAUGAAGGCCUGGGGAGACACGACGACGCAGAGAAGUACUUGAUUCGCUCGAGGAACUGGCGAAACCACUGGAACGCCAACCAGACAUCGCUAGGGUUCUCUGGGUUCGUUGUUCCCCGAGACGCGAACGGCUUUCUUUCAACCAACCCACUCACCGAUGGUGGGUACUGGGGAGACCCAUAUUACGAAGCGAGCUCGUGGGCGUACUCAUGGGGGAGUGUUCACGAUAUGAAGCAGAUGAUCGCGAUGAUGGGCGGUUCGGAGACUGUGCUGGAUCGGUUGAACAUCAUGUUCACGGAGGGAGCGAGUGGCUCCAGCGGGAUUAUCUUCGAUUCCACGAAUGAGCCAAUGUUCAACAUCCCAUACCUUUACAACUACAUCGAUCGACAAGACCUAUCCGUCUCUCAGUCCCGAUAUAUCGCCAAGACAUACUAUAAUGCCGGGGUCUCUGGCCUGCCCGGGAACAGCGAUGCGGGUGCCAUGCAAACGUGGCUACUCUGGAAUAUGAUAGGACUGUAUCCCAUCACGGGCCAGACCACGUUCCUGAUCCAUUCCCCGUGGUUCGAUUCUCUCCCCAUCCACCUUGGCGGGGGUAAGACACUGCGUAUCACGUCGACGGGGGGUGACGGCAAUGGUGAUUCAAAGAUCCAUGUGCAGCGUCUACGGGUCAAUGGCCGAUCCUGGAGGAAGAAUUGGUUAACAUGGGAAGAUAUCUUUGCUCAUGGUGGAACGAUGGAAUUCGAGCUUGGGGAGAGUCCAAGUGAUUGGUUUACUGAUUUACCUAGGUAG